AUGUAUCUACCACGGCAGCUCAUUUCGCACCUAUACCUACAACUCCUCCGAUCUCACCAUCCACUCUCCCCGCCGGUCCUAAUUCUUGUGGCACUCGAACCCGACGCGCUAUGUGCCUGUCGAAUCCUUACGGCCUUGUUAAAACGCGACUAUAUCCCCCAUAAGAUCCAACCCGUUGCCGGAUAUGGCGACCUAACUCGCGCCGGAGAGGAACUGGUCCGGCCGAUGCAGACCACCAAUGGCGGCAGCGGAGGUGUCGUGGUAUGCCUCGGGGUAGGCGGCUUGGUCGACCUUGGCGAGAUCUUAAAUCUGAGCAACCCAGAAGACGAGGUCGAGGACAUGGGCGGAAUCGAGAUCUGGGUCUUUGACGCGCGCCGGCCGUGGAAUCUCGCCAAUGUCUUCGGUGGGCUGGUUGGAAUAGGUCAGGCGAUGGCGGAAAUUGACGUUAACGCGCGCCGACGCGCGCGCGGGGUGGAGAAAGGUUGUAUCACACCCGCCUACACGUCGAAGAACGGUGGCAUUGUUGUGUUUGACGACGGUGACAUUGAGGAAGAACUCCGCGACGAGCGAGAAGCAUAUUAUGCGCUCCUGGAAAUGCCCGAGGUCGAUGACGAUGAUGCCAGUGACGACGGCGCUACUGAUGAUGAUGAUGACGACAUGACCUCUGGCUCGAAGAAGCGCAAGUCCUGGUCAGGACGCGAGGAUGAAGACGAGUCAGACGAUGAAGAUGGGCCUCCCCGCCAACGGAAGCGAAGUAAUUCGGGCUCGUCGUUCGUCUCUUCUCCGAGUCACCGAAGGAGAACUGCCAUCAACUCAUCCAACUCAUCCCGUUCUCCGACACCUGCUUCAGAUUCACCCUCACCAGAGGAGACGAGACAGCCAUCGGCACGGUCCUUAAAGCGCCGCCUAAUUCGACUAAAGCGCAAACACGAGAUGGUUCUACAAAAAUACUACUCCGCAGGAACGUCAUACUCGGAGCCGAUUUCGUCGUUGGUCUAUUCCCUUGCAUCGGAACUGGGUCGUGAGGACAAUGAUCUUCUCUGGCUUGCAAUCAUUGGUGCCUCAAGCUUGGAACUCAGCGGUCGAACGAUGACUGGUGUCGGCAUUUCGAAUACAUCCGAAUCGGGCGGGUCUGCAGGCUGGGGUGGGCAGCGUGGAGAGCACAUCCGUCAGAUCCUCCGAGAUGAAGUCCACCGAUUGAACCCACCAGAUCCCUUGGAACGGGACCGCGAUAUAAGAGGGGAGAUCAAUGGCGUCAUUCCAACCACUGCCAGGUCUCCUACGGAUACAUCGAUUCGUCUCUCGCCCGAACCUCGCUUCCUUCUGGUUCGACACUGGUCACUCUACGAUAGUAUGCUGCAUAGUCCCUACCUGGCAACACGGCUUCAUGUCUGGACGGAAAACGGUCGCAAACGCCUUCACAAGCUUUUAGCGAAAAUGGGUGUCAGCCUCACUCAGUGCCACCAAAAUUAUACGCAUAUGGAUAUGGAGCUGAAGCGGGUAUUGCGUGGGCGGCUUCUCAAGUACGCGCCAAUGUACGGCCUGGAUGGUUUGGUGCCUCCGGAGCCAUCUGGUGGGCACGCCAGCUCCCGUGAGGGAUGGGGUUUUGUGCGUUGCUGGGGCUGGAAGGCUUGUCUAUCUGCUACAGAUGUGGGCGUCAUUGUCGGCGCUAUGCUGGAAGUUGGGCCACAUGAAGCUUCUGGGGCGUGGGAUGCCAAACGUCUUCCACGACCACGAAGCUCCAACGAUGAAACUGAAACCAGCAGUGGUCCAGGCGAGUCUGACUUGGCCAGCCUCCUUCCUCGGUUCUGGAGUGCCUACGAUGCCCUAUCGCUGACAUCCGAUUCACCUACCCUUCUCAUGGAGGCUCUCCCUUUGGCUCAACAUCUUCACCGUGCCAUUCUACGCACUGGUACAUCACUACUAUCAAAGCACCAAAUUCGUCAUCUUCGGGCUUUCCGAAUUGCUGUCGUCAAAGAUGGACCUGAUGUGAAGCUUUUCACUAAUCCCGGGGCGCUAACCAAGUUGGCCCUCUGGAUUGCCGAGGCAAUCAAAGUCCAAGAGCGUGAGAAAGGUGACUCUGUCAAGAUCGGACGGAAGAGAGCAGCUGGUACUCCUCUCGUCCUCGCUGGGCUUGACGAAGACCGGGACCUUUACGUGGUUGUGGGCACUGGUGGAGGUGGUGGCGUGAUUGACUUCGCUGCCAUGUCCAAGCGCCAAGAAGAGCGUCGGCAGAAGAAAGACGCCAAGGAGAAAAAGCAAAAGGAAAAAGAAGAUCGACGGGCUCGACGUGCAGCUGAGCGAGCGGAACAGGAGGAAGACGACGAUGCUGAGGAUGAAGAGUCAGAGGAAUCCGAGUCAUCCUCUGAAUCGGAGUCCGAAGACGAAGAUCCUCGAGGAAAGAAACAUCUACUGCGCAAUCGAUUUGGCAUCGCCUUCCAGGAAGUGGUUCAGGAGACCAACGCCCGGGUCCGCAUCGACAGCUUUGAUCACUGCGUCGUCGAGGUUCAAAAAGAUGACUUGGGCGGCUUCCUCGAGGCCUUGAGUUUCCGCAGCGUGGUGGGCUAA